UCCGUCGCUAUAUUCGGAAAAGUAAUCCGAGGAUGAUUGAUUGAUCGGACAUAGUGUAAUAUGCUGCUGAGCAGACGUGUGCACGUUUCACUUGCGCUGUUUUCGUCGUGUUGUUGCGCGUGUGUGCGUUCGUUCUGUGUGCGCUCGUGGAGACGGGGAUCCGGGGGUGGGGGAGAGGGGCCGGGGGUUGUCUCCAUUCCUAUGGUUGUCGUCACGAAUCUGCCUGGAACCUGGUGUUCCGGUUUGAAACUGUCACGUUGUAGUCCUGCAGUAGUAUGUCCUUCCCGUCUCUCUGGCCUUACUGUCGUAGAUGAGCGAGCCUAGCCUGAGAUGAUGACAACCGUGUGGAUGCGUCCUUUUGGGCUGAUGAUGGGACAGCGUGUAGAAUCGGUUCUUUCGAGAAAGGAUGUAUGGAGGAGGUGCCAAGUCUCCGGCAGGCCUCAAGAGCAAGUAUGCCAUUGGUUGCUGGGUUGUGCCCGCGUGCGGACUGUCUUUGGGCGCGUUCGCAGCGUCGUGGAGGAUGAGCGUCGGCGCUGCGCGGGGGGUGGAAUGACUGCGUUAUGCUGUUGUUAGCUACUUACGGUAAGACGAUGUUAGCUGAUUGAAACGCUGAAUAGUUCAGUGCUCCAUUCGUCAUGAAGUAGGAAGGGAAAAGGGUGGGGGGGGGGGGGUCAAAAGUCACAAGCACAUGUAAUAUAGUGAGCUUUUGCACGUUUUCAACUCGUAGCUUACCCGUGUCGUCGUUCGCGUUGACUUCCGCUGCUGUGCCCGAGUCCAUGUUGUGCCCUUCGUGUUCCUCGUCGUCGAGUUGCGCUUCGUUUUGCCGCGCGGUUUGCCGUUUUGUCUGCUCUCUUUCCUGUUUGCCUUUCCUUCCGUUGUCCUUCGUUCCCUGUUGUUUGGCUGUAGCCCUGCUUCGCCCUCCGCCGCCACUGGUCUUUCUGCCCCCCCAUUCCCGUAAUCUCCCGUUCUCCUAAUCGCGGUCUUCCCCCUUCCUUUUGUCUUUCCACUCUUUCCCUCCCCUUACAGCUCCCCCUUUCUCGUUCAACCUUUUUAUUCUUCCCUCGUCUCCCCGCGUGUUCCGAUCGCUCGUUUCCUCCCCAAUUCUCUUUAUCCCUGUGUUUUCCAUCCCGUUCCUUCCUCUUGGCUCGUAUUUGUCCUUGGAUGCUCUUUCUCUUCGUUGUCUCUUAUUGCCAUCCCUCUCUCCCUCGUUUCCGUCUCCUCUUCGCCACCCCAUCCGAACCCUGGCCUCCCUCCUUCCCUUGCACGCAUUUGUCUUUGUCUUACCUUUUCGCCUUUUCUCUUGCGCUCCGCUUGACCAACCGUUCUCCUUUUUCGUCCGCUCUCGUACUCUACCAUUUUUCCGACAAUCGUUUGUUCCAUUCAGCUCCUUAGCCCCCCCCCCCCCCGCCCCCCCGCCCCUUUUCUCUGUUUCUCCUAUCACCUUCUUUUCUCCUUGUCGCAUUUCCCUUCCGCUUCCUCCUCUUGCCCUACUUCCUCGCCCCUCAUGUUUCCUCUGCUCCUUUUUUCCUCUUAUUUCCACUUCGCCCCUUUUUUUCCUCGCGAGAAAUACGUUCGCCUCUCUCUUUUGUUCACUCUUUGAUGUGACGCCAUGUCAAUUUUGUCGGAGCUUGCAGGUGUUUGUCUGACCCCACAGCCGCUCUUGCUUCCCUCGUUAUCCCCUUCUUGGCUCAUCUUUCACCCUCCAUCGCUUGCUCGUUGUCCCUUUCUCCUGCUUACGUGGGAGAAUAGGGUUCCCGUCUUCUUUUCUGGAGUGUCCGUUGCGCCUCUGCGUCUCCUCUUUGGAAACGUUCUGGCGUCCCCCUCCUUGCUGUCAUGUCUUUGUAUUGUUUGUGCUUCGGCGGCACGUCUGCCUUCGAUUUCAUAAGGUGGGGGUACUAGGUAGAAGCGAUGAGAGCCAUGAUUUACGACCGUGGAAUUGGAAGAGAAGACAGAUUCUCGGAUGCGGCAAGUAAGCGAGUGGUUGGUUGAGAUGGUGACAUAGUCAUUCCUAAUCCGGAUUACAUAUCUGCGAAGCUGUUGGAGUUGUAUACGGACUUGCAGCAACUUUUUGGUGGUGCGAAUGGGCAGGAGAGAGUGCUGUCGGGGAGAAAGCGGAGUACGCUAGGGUUGUGGGUGAGGUGGGAACUGUUUUUUUUCAGCAAAAUUUGAUAGCUUUGUUUCCUGGACAAGUUGUGUACUAGUUUUUCUAGGUGCCCACGCACACACAGAGAGAGAGAGAGAGAGAGAGAGAGGGAGAGGGAGUUUUGCUAUGUGCACUUGUUUUCUGUGAAAAUGAAAAAAGGCUGAUGGGAGGCGCGAGGAAGCUGUGAAUGUCAAGUCAUCAAAGUCUCUGUGUGAUUGUUUAUUUGCCUAUGAUCAUCUGAAUUAUAAGCCACAGGGCAUCU